AUGUCGCCCAAGAAACGGAGGGGCAAUAAGCACCCCUCAUCCGAGCCCACUACAGCAGCAGCAACAACACCUCCGCCUCCGCCUCCUGAUGACUCGUCGUCGAAGAAGCAGCCGCAAAAGACAUUACCCGUGAUUGUCGAGAAAGUCGAACACCCCGCCAAACGGGCCAAGAAGCGCUCCUACACCCUCGUGUUCAUCAUUGGCGGGCUCGUGGGCCUGUUUCUCGCCGUCUUCUUUGCAAAGAGCCAGGACAUUGUGAUUGGGGACUUCCAGCUAGGGUCGUUGGUUGAUGUGAUCCCUGCGGGCAUACUGAAGGAAGCUACAGAUAUCUCGCAACGGGAGAAGGAUGUGGUGAGUGCGGAUGCGUUCCGCGUGGGGUUGGCGUUGAAGUCGGAGGGGUUGGAGGCAAAUCAUCCGGUUAUUAUGGUUCCGGGAGUCAUCUCAACAGGACUGGAGAGUUGGGGAACGGGUGAAAAGAGCCGGCCAUACUUCCGGAAGCGGCUAUGGGGUUCUUGGAGCAUGUUGAGGGCUAUGGUUACGGACAGAGCUACCUGGAAGCAACAUGUAAUGUUGGAUAAGGAUACUGGUCUUGACCCACCUGGCAUCAAGCUUCGCGCCGCGCAGGGAUUUGAUGCUACUGACUUUUUUGUUACCGGAUACUGGAUCUGGAACAAGAUUGUAGAGAACUUGGCGAGUAUAGGUUACGAUCCAACAACGGCUUACACUGCGUCCUACGACUGGCGACUGGCAUACCCGGAUCUUGAGAAAAGAGAUAAGUACUUCUCACGGCUAAAGACUUACAUCGAAACGUCAAACAAGCUCUCCGGUAAAAAGGCCGUACUAGUUGCGCACAGCAUGGGCUCGCAGGUGGUACACUACUUCUUCAAGUGGGUCGAGGCUGAAGGGCACGGUAAUGGCGGUAAUCGAUGGGUGGAAGAUAACAUUGAUUCGUUCAUAAAUAUAAGCGGUUGCAUGUUGGGGGCCGUCAAGGGCGUUCCCGCUGUCCUCUCUGGCGAAAUGAAGGACACAGCUCAGCUAAAUCGACUUGCUGUCUUUGGACUCGAGAAGUUUUUUAGCCGCGAAGACCGCGCAGAGAUCCUCCGGGCUAUGCCGGGAAUUUCAAGUAUGCUUCCAAAGGGUGGUGAUGCAGUCUGGGGAAACCUAACAUGGGCUCCUGAUGAUAAACCGGGACAGAACGUUAGCUAUGGCUCGUUCAUCAAGUUUACAGAGGGCAAUUCCACCCAUGGGCAUCCGCGCCAGAAUCUAACUGUAGCCGGAGGUUUGGAGUAUCUGUUGAAGAACUCCGACCCUUGGUUCCGGAAGCAAGUCCUGAAGAGCUAUUCUCACGGGGUUGCGCAUACCAAGAAGGAGGUUGAGGCGAACGAGAAGAUCCAGUCGAAAUGGGUAAAUCCGUUGGAAUCAAGGCUACCGUAUGCACCAAGCAUGAAGAUCUAUUGCUUUUAUGGAAUCGGGAAAGAAACCGAAAGAAGCUACUAUUACCAAGAUAUAACAAGCCCAAUGUCAUCAUUGAACAUCAGCAUUGACACAAGUGUCAAUGGAGAUGGUAGCGAUCGCGGUGUCGUGGUUGGAGAAGGUGACGGGACAGUGUCUUUGCUCAGUGCGGGAUACAUGUGUACAAAGGGCUGGAAGAUGAAAAGAUACAACCCAGCAGGAAUCUCAAUCAAGACCUAUGAGAUGCCACAUCAACCUGACAUGUUUGAUAUCCGAGGAGGACCAAACACAGGAGAUCAUGUCGAUAUUCUUGGCCGUCAAAAGCUCAACGAGUUGAUUCUCCGCGUUGCUGCGGGUCACGGUGAUGCGAUCCCUGAAAACAUUGAAUCAAAUAUUCGGGAGAUUUCCGAAAAGGUUAAAAUUCAUGAUGGCGAUGGAGACGACUUCUUUGCUAGUUGGGGUGUCCCCGGUUUCUCGGGGUAG